ACCGCGCUCAAAACGCAACGCUCCAGUCAGUCGCUGACGGCCGAUGGGCAACAACGUGUUUUCUUCAGAAACUGAUAUUAAAACGAGGCGACGAUGUCCCAUUCAGUGACGAUUAGAACGCAAACAGUGACGAGCAGCUCCACAAUUGUCAUCAACACUGGCUACUUGAAAACUUGGAGUGGUAUUUUAAAAUUACUACAAUUGGCGCUGGGCAUAGUUUGCGUAGGAAUCGCAGGUCACGAAUUUAGUCAAAACUCUUAUCGAAUCACUGCAGAACUUUUUUUUCUUCUCAUAACGACUACUUUUAUGAUUGCCACUUUCAUCCUUCUUCUCAGUUGUCUGACAUCUUUCUCUACUGCAUCUAUUAUAUCUAAAACUAUUCAUGAAAUCCUUUAUCAUUCCAUUGCAUUUGGAUUGUUACUUGCGGCCUCGUUGACACUCAUGGUGAACGUCAAUAACUAUAGGCGUUAUAAUUAUGAGCUGUUAUUAGGUGCUUCCAUUUGCGGUCUGGUAAAUACGGUUUUGUAUCUCUUCAGCACAAUCAUCGCUCUUCGUACUUAUAGAGGGAUCUAAACGAUCAAAGAAAUGUGCGACUUUGUUAUUAAAAAGAGAAAACAAGCAAAACGUUUACGAGCAAAGCAUGUUUUGGGAACUUUGUUUUAUUAAAUUAAUGAAAGAUGUACAACGAAUUUUGACUGCCAGACAACGUUCAAUACUUGGCAAGUAUCGAAAAAGUGCCGAAAAAUAUUUUAUAACAUUUAAUAUAUAUGUUAUAUAUUUUUAUAAAGUUGUAGCAUUCACAUACUUUAUGUUAACUUUUACAAAACAAUCAUUGAUUUUCAGACAAAACUGCGAAAUUGCUCAUUAGAUGUCAUUCAAAUUAUGUCUUAUUUAAAAUUAAAUAACUUGAAAAAUCAUACCUUUCGUAAUAUAAAAAUUAAAGUAAGAAACGCACGAUCUCUACAUAUACUGUGUAUAUUUUGUAUUUAUAUGCACUAUUUACAUUUAUACUAUGGGCUUGCUAUGAUCGUGUAAUUGCGAGCAAUAUUCUUGUGGAAUCUACUUAAUAUAAACAUAUUUAUUUUAUAUACGUAUGUAAUAUUUAUACUUCUAAAAUAAAUAACCGAGAAAGAA